CCCAACUGGAGCACUUGUUCUUUAUUUAGAAACACUUCCCAGGGCACUUGUCGGCGAGGAAUGGUGAUAAUAAAGGAUCUCAGAAAUUACAUGGGAGUCAAGUAAAAUUCGCUUCUCUGAUGACAAUUUCCCAUUGUCAUGGUAUGAAGUAACCAAUAUACACUGGAGCCGAUCACUAAACUAGUAUACAAGAUGAAUACCUCAGACGAUUACAUUAAAUCAGCCGUUGAAAGUGAAAUCACCCGAAUGUUGGCAAAAAAUGCUAUGUCCACCGUUAAAAGUACUGUCAGAAAUAACCAGCCUAAAAUUAAACAGGAGCCGAUCGAUGAAGAUGAGCUGGGAGGAGAAACAAAUGGUCAAGGAAUUAAAAUUGAGAAAAUGGACGAAGAUGAAGAUAACCUAGAUGGAAUAAGUAUACAAACUGUUCAGAGUACAAGUACAGCACCAAGUUCUGGCAAGUACUCUGUCAAAGUCGUCACAAAAUAUAUGUGUCGAUAUUGUGCGAGGCAGUUCGACUCUCCGGAUGAAAUGCAGGAACACAUUGCUUCACAUGCACGUGGAAAAUCAAACCAAUGUCACUCCUGUUAUGUUUGUUCAAAGACAUACUCAACUCCAUCAAAACUUCAGCGCCAUGUGCGUGUUCAUAGUGGUGAGCGUCCGUAUGCCUGUAACAUUUGUGGUAGACGUUUCACCCGUUCUGAUCAUGUCAAACAGCAUUUAAAGGUUCACAUGCCACAGAAACAGAGAAACCAGUGUCGUCUUUGUAGUCAGAAGUUUCUCCGUAGACAAACCCUGCAUUCUCAUCUUCAACAGGCACAUGGUGUAUCCACUGUCUAUACCUGUCACAGAUGUGGUGAAGCAUUUGACGAAAUAACCAAACUGCAUGCUCAUAAAAAUCUGCAUAUCUCUAUCUACGGGAAAAAUGAAGGGCCCGCUGUAGAGGGUGGUAUGGUUAUUAAACAAGAACCGGGAGAGAAUGGUGACCAAAAUACACCUAUGAUUGGUUUGGCUAAAUUCAGUCUUGGUCCCCAACCUGCACCAGAUGACUUACUCAAAGUAGUGAAUGCAGCCCAAGGUGGAGGCAAUGGCUACACCUCUAAAAUGGAUGGAUUCUCAGUGUCAGAUGAAACACACAGGUUGGCAGUAGCUCUUCCGAAACAAGGAACGCCUUUUGAGAAACCACAAGUGGCCACAUACAGCUAUCCAAUAAAAUAUGCCCGAUCCCCUCCGCCACAGGAAGAGAAUUACCCGGCAGAUACCUUGUCAGAUGGAAUGAAUAUGUUCAUCCUGCCAUCUCAUAUUAAAAAGGAACCAGAAAGUCCGGAAUACAGUAUGGAUUACUCUUAUAAGGCAGACGAAACUAAUUCCUCUUACGUUGACGAUAUUGCUGGAGAAGAUCAGGAGGAGGAGGACAAUGACGAUGAUUAUGAAGAGGCCCAAGAUGACUCGAAAACAGGGAAUCUUGGUGAAAAUGCAGUUCAGGAUUUGUUAACAGGGCCUCCAGCGGAAAACAAAGGUAUUAAAAUGAAACUGUUUGGUCCGGCUAGUUAUAAAGCUGCAAUGAGAAAUAAAAUAGCGAUGAAAAUACCAACUCCUCGUCUAAGACAAAUGCAAAAUCCCAUGAUACGGAGUGCCACCUUGGCUACAAAUACAGGCAACACCACCAAUACUAUGCUAGAAGCCAAGAACUUUUCUCCUUACAUAGUUGGGACAGCCAGCGCUGGACAAGGCCAAACUGUGUCUCCUGUCCAAGAAACAAUCUCUAAAGAGAAGGAGAAGAAAUUAAGUAAAUGCGAGCACUGUUGUAUUUGGUUUGAGGAUUAUACCAUGUGUUUGUUACAUAACUCGCUCCACUCUGCUGAUGAGGCUGACCCAUUCACAUGCAGAAAAUGUAUGAAAAAACUCGGAAACCGUUUAGAAUUCACUGCACAUCUAGUGUGGCAUCUUGAACCAGAUAUGGACAGUUAAAAGUGUGGCAGCUUUAGUCAGACAUGGACAGUUAAAAGUGUUUACUGAAAUUAACUAAUCAAGCCCAAAGCAUUUAAUUAUAAAUACAUGUACAUUGAUUGACAAUGUAUAUGUUCACUGUUUCAUUGAAAAUGAUAUAUGUAUCAUGUGUAUAUUUAUCAUGUGCUUUUGUUCUAGUAUAUGAUCAUGUAUGUAAUUUAAUCAAAGGUAUUACAUGUAUGUCUUGUGCAUGUGUAAUACUAAUCUAGGUUAAAUUUGUUAAUUCAAUGUUUGUACAGAACUUUUAAAUGAAAUUGUUUAUAUUGUGGAUUUUUAUUUCCCUUUUCAUUGAGUUGUUAAGGAUUGAAUGAUAACUUAGGUCAUGAGGUCAACAUAAAUGGUCUUAAUUGUCUAUAAUUGCUUACAUCCACUUCAUUUGAACUUUGUUGGGUAGUUGUCUCAUUGGCAAUCAUACCACAUCUCCUUAUUUUUAUGUUAACAGUAAGUGAGUGUCUACACAUAAUAUCCUGCUCCAACUACGGUAGGUUAAGUCUAGACAAUCCAAGCUGUAAAUUUGUUUUAAUAGAUUAUCAAACAUGUCAAAGGGGUUGCCUUUAACAUUGAAUUUCAAAGACAAUAUUGCUUUAUAAAGUAACUACCAUGUUUCAAUUGAAAUAUACAAAGUAAAUGAAGUCAGACUGUCGCAUUAUGCACUGACUAGUCAUCUUUUAUGAAGGAAUUGUGUUUUUUGUUCAAAUAAAUUGUUUUGAUUCUUAAUUUCUACAAGAAAAUACAAAAUAUUUAUUUUAGUAAAUGUAUUUUAUUGAAAAAGAUUUUUUUUAUGAAAGUUGAAAAAAUGGUUGUCCAGAGACCCACUAUCCCCAAACAAAAGAAAAGAAAAAGAGGGGACAGCAGAUAGGGUCAGUGCAUGUGUACUAGUACUACUGUUUAAAAAUGGGCAACAUUGAAUUUUUACUGAAUCUCUUUAUGUGUACUGUAAAUGUAGCUGCGGAACCGCAGCUCUUAGGGCCUUAUGAUAUUUUUUGACAAUUUGCAGACCAUAUAAAACAGACCAUAAACUUUUGUCCACAAAUUGUCAAAAAAUAUAACGACCUUAGAGCUACAUGUACAGUUCUGCAGCUACUGUAUAUGUACCUACCUAAGGAAAAAAUCAUUUCAUAGCUAUAGGUCACACAUUUUAUACUACUUGUUGACUUUUAUUUAUUUAUAUAUAUUGUUGGCUUUGUAUUGAUCAUGUUGAUUGUUAAAACAGAAUAGAAAAUUAUAAUAAACAUUUUGGUUGUAAAAAUCUGUUACAUGUAAAUUUUGUGGGACAUAUUGUGUAUUAAUUGUUAUUAAUUACUGCAAUUUUUAUAAGAUUUGAAACUUUACAAUUUAAGAGAGAAAAAGUCCACAUACCACAGCAAUAGUUGUUUGCAUGAUUCUUCAAAAGUUCAUGGAAAAGUUGGUAGGACUUAAAAAUCAUUCACAAUAGAUUUUAUCAAAUUUUAGAUUUAUAAAAAAAAAAAUUCUGCACUUUAAAAAAAAAAAUCUGUGGUAAAUUUUCAGAUACUGGUGACUUGAUUGCAUCUUAAAACUUGGAGUAAAUUGUCUUUUUCUCCACAUGAUGUGCUGAAAGAAAAGACAAUGUACAUUUAUGAGACUUCAAAGAGGGAAAUAUAAAUAUCAAUUUUCUUGUGGUUUGUUCUUUAUCUAUAUUCUACAUUUUUGAUGAAUACUGUACUUUUAUGAUUAAGGAAAAGAAAAAAAACUUCUUUUUUGCUGUUUAGAAUAUUUUUACAUGCAGGUCAUUACAGUUAUUGUUGUUUUAAUGUACAUAAAUAACCAUAGUUGCUGUUGUUUUGUAAAUACAUUUCCAUAGUAACUAAAAUUGCCUCGUGAUAAAUGGACAUGUGUUGUAAAGAAAACAUUGCUAAGUUUUAUUAUACAGUGAACUUACUUAACUAGAAGCAAAGCACUAGAACUUUAAUAAUAAAUUAUUUUUUUAAAAUAUUUUAAUUUAAAAAUAUUGCGUCAAAACUUGGUGUUGGCAAACUCAACUUAUGAACCAGUAAUUAUCUUCCUUUGAUAAAUUAAAAAGAGGGAAACUUCUCUUAUGAUUGGAAGUUACAAUAAACAAUGUAAUUCUUCUUUAAGAGACCAUGGUCUCUGGUGGAGAGUUGUCUCAUUGGCAAUCAUACCACAUCUUUUUUCAUAAGCUAAAAAUUGUCAAAAACUUACAAUGUAAAUCUUGUUAAGGGCAGAUCCAGGGUUUGAUGAAAGGAAGGGGUUGUAAUGGUUUAUAAUGAUAAAAUUAUUGCUGAGUGUAGCUAGACCAAAAAAAAUAUUUACAAUUUUAUGCAAAAAAAUGAUAUUUUUUCUGAUUGAAAGGGAUAUUUGAUUUUGGUUCAGACUGGUUUCAAUGAACAAUAAAAUCUGUUAAAAAGAAUAGAGAAAAAUAGGCCAAAAAAAUUAAAGAAUAGAGAAUAAUGAGCAAAAUUAUAAAGAAAGGAGAAAAAUAAUAAAAGAAAAUUUAAAAACAGAAAUGAGGGACCCUCCUAUCCAGACUCUUUUAUAAUCAUUGACUAUUUGAAGUUAACUUGAUUGUCUGUCUACAAGUAUUUCUAUCAGUCACUACCCAAUAAAGAUAUAGUAAUGUUGCUUUUAUGAUUUUGGUACUCAUCAAAGAUUUGUUUAAAAAUGGGCAUGUAAAGACAGGAAAAAAUUGUAUUUCUGUAUGAUCAAUUUACUAUACAAAGAGAGAUAACUCAAAUUCUAUAUUUCACUGAUAUGAUUGCAUAAAACAUUGAGCUUUAUUUCAUAAUAUGAAUAUGUUAUAAUUUUUGUAACUGUUGUUGAAUAAAAUGUCCUUGUUUGAUGUUUUAAGGACGGGAAUAUAAUAGAGCAACCAGGCUGUUGUUGUAUUGUAUAUUUGUAUAGGAAAUUGACUUUAGGAAUAUGUUAACACAUGUUGUAUUUUAUACUUGUAUAGGAAAUUGACUGUAGAGUGCUGCUUUUUGGCUUUAUCUAUUUUCUUUUUCAAAAAUAAAUUGCAAUAUUAUGUA